AAUACGGCCACCAGAGGGAUUUUGCUGUUGGCAAGACAUGUUAACAUUCGCUCUGAAAGUAAAAACGAGAGAAUAAUUUAAAAUAAUUAUGUACACUUUAUUGAUAUUGUAAAUAUAAAAUAAAAAUAAUAGAUAAUUAUAUAGUAAACGGUUUUGUAAUUUUAAAAUGUGUUCAUUAGGUAGAUUUGGGUUAGAGAUAUCAAAAAGAUCAUCUUCAAAAAGGACAGGAAGUUUAUGUAAAGUGUCAUCUAUUCGAUAUUGUAGAAAUAAAUUAAUAUGUAAUUAUUCAACAUUUAAACGUUCAUCAAAUCUACUUGAAGGAAAGUGUCAAGUCCAUUAUAUUCAAACUCGAAACAUAGUGCUUGUAGCUAGGAUACUUCGAGGAAUUUUAAAGAUUAGGUAUAUUGUGAUUGGUUCUGCAAUUGGUGGUGGUGUACAGUUAUCAAAGAAAUAUGAGGAGUGGAAAGAUCAGCUUCCUGAUUUUAGUUGGAUCAAACAACUUGCACCUCCACCUGACAAAAUUGAUCAUUAUCGCACUGCUUUAUUAGAAAUGAAAGACAAAAUAACAUUACCAGAAAAAGGAUGGUUAAGAAAUAGGCUAUUGAAUGUAGAAGAUAAAAUUCGACUAUUAAAUGAUUGGUUUUCUGAAGCUAGUGAUGGAGAUGCCAUUACCAAUUUGGCAGAAGAUUUGCCUUUAUCAGGACAUAUUACAUCAACAGUUUUUAGAGCUACAUCUGUUUCAGAAGAAACCAAGCAAACAAGAUUUGAUGAAAAAAGAAGAAUGGAAAAAUUACAAGAAGAAUUAAUACAAGUUCAGUUGAAGUAUCAGAGGGAAAUUGAACGCUUAGAAAAAGAAAAUAAAGAAUUGAGAAGACAACUCAUGUUAAGAACAGAAAAGUCACAACCAAAAAGAAAAAUUAAGAAAUCUUUGAUUGAUAUGUAUUCUGAAGUUUUGGAUGAAUUAAGUGAGUAUGACUCUAGUUACAACACCCAAGAUCAUUUGCCAAGGGUAGUUGUAGUUGGUGAUCAAAGUGCAGGCAAAACAAGUGUAUUAGAAAUGAUAGCACAAGCAAGAAUUUUUCCAAGGUAAAGAUUUGUUUUUCAAGUUAUUUUAUGUAUAUUUUGUAUAAAAAUAUUUGAUAAGUACAGUGGUACCUCAAGAUACGAACGCCCCAGCAUACGAAAUUUUC